AGACCUUGACCUUAUUUUAACCUACAAGGUUGAAGAACCGCAAGUUUUGUUACAUGCAGCUCACACUUGUAUGUUGCAUGCGAGAAAAUCAGUUGGAAUUAAGCAGUAAAGAUGGCAGACAGUUCUAAGAUUGAGGUACCUUAUAUCGAUAGCUUGUUCAAGGCAGAUGGCUACCUGACAACGCACGAGAAUGAAAUUAGAAGAAGGUAUGGUUGUUUCAAGGAUUUACUCUCGCGAAUUGAUAGUAACGAAGGUAGUUUAGAAAAAUUUACACGCGGGUACGAGUCAUUUGGUAUACACAGAACAUCGGACAAUGGUAUCUACAUGAAGGAAUGGGCUCCUGGAGCGGAAGGAAUCUCACUUAGAGGUGACUUUAAUGGUUGGAAUCAGAUGCAAUACAAGUUUACAAAAGGUGAUUUUGGUAAAUGGGAGUUGAAGAUACCACCUAAAGAAGAUGGUAGCUGCCCAAUUCCCCAUGGGUCUAAGAUAAAGUUAGUGAUGCAUACCAAAUCGGGUAAACUAGAGGACAGACUGUCACCCUGGGCAAAAUUUGUAACACGGGAAGAAAAAGUACCAGUCUAUGACCAGAUAUUCUGGGAUCCUAAGGAGAGAUACCAGUUUAAGAACCCCCAUCCUAAGAAGCCAACUAGUUUAAGAAUAUACGAAUGUCACGUAGGGAUAGCGUCGUGGCAGGGCAAGGUUGCCACAUACCCAGAGUUCACUCGAGACGUCCUACCAAAAAUAGCAUACUUAGGGUAUAACUGUAUACAGCUGAUGGCUGUGAUGGAACAUGCCUACUAUGCUAGCUUUGGUUACCAAAUUACGAGUUUCUUUGCUGCAUCUAGUCGUUACGGUACCCCGGAUGAGUUGAAGGAGUUGAUUGACACGGCCCAUGGUAUGGGCAUCACAGUAUUAUUAGACGUAGUUCACAGUCACGCUUCAAAGAACGUAGUCGACGGUCUUAACCAAUUCGAUGGAACAGAUGCGUGUUAUUUCCAUGGCGGUGGUAGAGGCUUUCACGAUCUGUGGGACUCGAGACUUUUUAAUUACACAGAAUGGGAAGUAUUAAGAUUUCUUCUGUCUAAUUUACGAUGGUGGGUCGAGGAGUACCAUUUUGAUGGGUUUAGAUUUGAUGGGGUUACAUCAAUGCUCUACCAUAGUCAUGGAAUAGGUCAUGGAUUUAGUGGCGAUUAUAACGAGUAUUUUGGUUUAAACACUGACACAGAAUCUCUCACUUACCUAACACUGUCCAAUCAUAUGUUGCAUACAUUCUACCCGGACUUUAUGAUAACCAUUGCUGAGGAUGUAUCAGGUAUGCCAGCAAUGUGUCGUAUUGUAGACGAAGGAGGUCAAGGUUUUGAUUAUCGUCUAGCCAUGUCUAUACCAGACAUGUGGAUAAAGAAUUUGAAGGAGAAGUCGGAUGACGACUGGGAUCUUGAAAACAUCUGCCAUAUUCUGACAAACCGACGGUACACAGAAAAAUGUAUCGCCUAUGCUGAAAGUCACGACCAGGCGCUAGUCGGCGACAAGACCUUGGCUUUCUGGCUGAUGGACAAAGAGAUGUACACGCAUAUGUCAGAGUUAUCUCCCCCUAGUUUAGUCGUAGAUAGAGGGAUCGCUUUACAUAAAAUGAUAAGGUUGAUCACAAUGGGUCUCGGCGGAGAAGGUUACCUUAAUUUCAUAGGAAAUGAGUUCGGGCACCCUGAAUGGUUAGAUUUUCCAAGAAUCGGGAACCAGGAGAGCUUUCAUUACUGCAGACGGCAGUGGAAUCUCGUAGAUGAUAAAAUGUUAAAGUACAAAUACCUCUACGCGUUUGAUCGGGAUAUGCAACAUCUUGAGGCCGCGUUCGGCUGGCUGGCCCAAGGUUCACAGCAAUACAUCAGUAGAAAGCAUGGAGGAGACAAGGUCAUUGUGUUUGAGAGAGUAGAAAAACUUGUCUUUAUAUUUAACUUCCAUCCGAACAAAAGUUACACCGACUACAAGAUUGGAGUGGGUUAUCCAGGAAGAUAUAAAAUGGUGCUGGACACAGACUCGGAGACGUAUGGUGGUCACAAGCGACUGGAUCCUAACGUAGAAUAUUUUACAAAUAAUGAAUCGUGGGACAAUCGUUACCAUUCAAUGAUGGUAUAUAUACCAUGCCGGACAGCUAUAGUGCUAGCAAAACAAGACUGAGCAUGAUGAAUUGUAGCACAAUUAUCACAUUAUAUCUAUACACCAAAGACUCAAGUGCUAUCUAUAGUUGGUGCAUGACAACCAUUCCAUUCUUAGACUGGAACAGUAUAUUUCUUCAAGUUGGAAUUGUCCACUGUUUUAUUGAAGGGAUGUCAGCGCUUGCUGGUGCAAGUGUGAAAGAUGGAGUGUGCCAGGAUUGCUUAUAUUCAAUAUACAUGUAUAUUUUGUUCGGCCAAAGAAAAUAAUUAAUUUGUUACUGAUUUCAUGCUACUAAAGAGAUAGGGUCAUCUGUUAAGGUUUUCUCUUCUUUUUUCUCUCUCUUUGAUGUUGGGAAUAAAGGUAUUAUUUUCUUAUAUUUAUUUGUAUGGUUAUUAUAUAUCGGUUAAUGUUAAUUAAAGAUUUUGUAAGAAAAAGUUUUUUCUUUGGCCUUUGUAAUCUUUCUUUGAAAUAUAGCAUGAUUUUAACCAGGAAUCAUAGUGCUAAAUGUUAAGGAGUGUUCAAUUUUUGUUUUAAAGCCAGUUAUUUAACUUGUGUGUCAUUUGCAUUUUAGCUCUCUUUUUUUCUUCUUUUUUUUUUUAGAUGUAUUGACUAUUGUGCAAUGCAAUAGUGUCAGUUUUAGAGAUUAUAUUUGACAGAAGUGUUGAUUAUUUUAAUUUGAAAAUGGUGCAGUCCAAUCCAUGUGACUUAAUUGAGUGUCCAUUUCUUAAUUAUUAUAAGUGUGACCUGUCCUCUACAAAGUAUUUUUUCUUAUUAAUUUGAUGUAGUUGUACAUGUAGUUGAUAUUAAAAUAUUAACAGUUAAAUCCGUUUGUUACUAUCACAAAAUAAGUUUUAUUAUGUACACGUAAUAUACAUGUACUGUAAGCAGCACGCCUCCAGAUUCAUGCUAAUUUUCAUGAAAAUUUGAAAAUUCAUUUGAAUGUGUAAUAUUGUGAAGUAACCAAAACGAGGCAAUUUACACAUUAUCAAUUGCACUUACAAAACGCGUAAAAUACCAAAAAGUGGUCAAAAUAUGCAUAAAUAGCCUUUACUGCAUCAGAAACACAGUAGAAAUAUAGCUGUAGAUACUGAAAAAUUAGCCAUUAAUCACACAGAACAUGUAAAAUAUUACUUGAAUCUUGAAACUUUUUACUUUUUCUAACAUCUUAGUACAUUUGUCUCAAGUUUGAUUUUAUUGAAAUAUUUUUACUCUUCUGGAGGCAUGUAGCUUUAAUGGACCUCUCCAACAUUGGUACACUUGGUACCAAAAUUGUUAAAAAAAUUUUUUAGAUAAAUUGUUAACAUUGUGAAUAACAUGCUUAAAUUUGGCAAGGUAAAGAUGUGAAAUAAAAAGUGAAAAAUGGGCAUUGUUGAGUCAGAGAUUUAUACAUGUAUAUUACAGAUACUAUAACUCUCUGGUUAAAUCUAGUCCAAAAACACCAACUCUAGUUACCUCCCCGGAAAUUUUGUUUUUGUAAUAAAAUGGCAGUAAUAUUAUAUCAAGUUUUAGUUGGUUCUGUCCUAUUUACCAAGAAAUUAUAUGUAUCAAAAAUUUGAGCCAUGAUACGAUUUUAAAAGCUGUUCACACUAUUCAUGCUAUAAAUCACGUGACUUUAUGGUAGUGUGCAUUAAAAUUACUUUUACUGUUGUAACACACAAUUAAAGGUAAAGUUUCAAUAGGAGUUGAUUCAGUAAUAAUAUAUCAACUUCCGGACAGUUUUCUCUUAAUCUAUUAGCUGCCAUGAUGACGUCAACUCGCGUAACUACAAAUGACACGUGAUUCAUAGCCGGGAAUUUAAUUUGGCGCUCAAAUAUUGUUUCAAGUGUUUCAUUUCAAGGUGCCAUUUAACUGUUUGUGAUGAUAUUUUGGUUGUAAGCUAUAUAUAUCGUAAUAGAAAUAAAAUGUACACUAUAUGAACAUUAA